AUGCGGUACUUUGCCGUAGUGGGUGGGAGUGGUGGUGAGAACACUAUGGAGUCUCGUGUAUUGGCCUCGAAUCCUAUCAUGGAAGCCUUUGGUAACGCAAAGACCACGAGAAAUAAUAACAGUUCCCGCUUCGGAAAGUACAUAGCCAUCCAGUUCGAGAAGAAACAUCACUCCAUCACCGGUGCCCUGGUAUACACCUAUUUACUGGAGAAAUCGCGAGUGGUUUUCCAGGCCGAGGAAGAGCGUUCGUAUCAUAUCUUCUACCAGCUGUGCGCAGCCUUCUAUGAAACAAAUGACCCUGAAUUGGAAGGAAUGGGAUUAAAACACUGCAUGGAGUUCAACUACAUCAACCAGGGAGACGCCCCUCUAGUAGACCGUAUGGACGAUGCAGAGGAGUUCCGAGAAACCAAUAAGUCGCUGACUAUCUGUGGGGUAGACGAUGAAAAACGUAUUUCUCUGUGGAAAUUGGUUGCCGCGAUCCUGCACAUUGGAAAUAUCACGAUCGGCAAAUCCAAAGGCGACGAAGCUCAGCUAAAGGAUGACGACCCAGCUCUUGUUCAGGCCUCCGAGCUCAUGGGCAUCGAAGCCAAAGACCUGACCAAGUGGCUGACCAAGGCUCUGAUUGUCGCCGGAAAGGACACGCUGCAGAAGAACAUGAGUAGUGGGCAAGCAUUGGCGGCACGAGACGCUUUUGCGAAGUGGAUCUACGCGUCUGUGUUCGACUGGCUGGUGACACAGGUCAACAAGUCACUUGAGGUGGGUGCUG